AUGUCUCUGUCACAAUUCAAUGCACGACUUCAAUAUAAGAAAAAUCAAACUGGUACCUACAUCAAGACAUUUCUCGGACACCGUCAGCGCAAGUAUCUUCGUGGGAAGGCACGGGAAUUGGACUCGAAUGGAGGCGAGAGAAAACAGAGGAGGGCACAAGUGGAGUAUGACCGAAAGCUGAUUGAAAAGAACCACGAGAUUGACAAGCGGAGGAAGGAAUGGAGGGACGCCGCCACUGCAAAGCUCAAUGCCAUUGUGCCUUGUCUUGUGGAUGCAGACUUGGCCAAGAUGCGUGUUGCUGACAUUGUUCUACAGCUUCGUUGGCAUCAUGAGUUUGACUUACAUGUACCACGAAACAAAGACAUGCCAAAGCGGAAGGAGGACAAAUUGAAGGUCCUGAGGGAAGCUAUCGCACGUUACACGAGUGGGGAGGUUACACACCGAGAAACCACACAGGAGGUUCCUUUGGAGACAGGCGAGAGUGAAGAUGAGGACAAGCCUUGA